UGGUAAGUCAUCGCCAUGCGCCGGGUAAGGCUCGGCCCAAACUGAACCUUAACCGCAAUAUUCCUACAGCAAGGGCCAACGGCACCCGAUGUGUUCUUGUGACGAGAAGCUACAACAUCCUUACGUCCACAAGCCUUCUCUUCAACAUCAACACCGACUCUAUCGCUAUGAAUCAUACCAAGCCACCAUGAGCACCACUUUGCAGCAUGCCGCUGCGGCGGCCUCUGCAACCAAAUCCUCCGUUUUCCAGCGAGCACAUCUCUACUCUUCCACCGUCGACAGCAUGUCCAGCGCAAUCGCUACUACACUCCCGGAGAGUGCCCCAAUAUGGGCAUCAAACGUGCUGGUUUUCAUGCAGAUGCUCGCUAUGCCUCUGGGCAUCUGGUUCAAGCCGGUUGUUGUGACUCUGGCUACCGUCUGGCUGGUCCAUCGCGCUUACCAAGUACUUAACAAGCCGCUGGAAGAACUGGCCUCACUGCUCGGAUUCGACAUCCCACUUACACCAAUGAUAGAUCUAGCGGGCAUAAAGGCCGACGGGUGUCUGCUGCACUGGAGCCUGCCGGAGAAGCUCAAACAGCGGAGCAAGUUCAGGUUCGAGAUCCACUUAAACGGCACCGUGAUCGACACUGUCUCUAUCCAGGAGACUGCGGUCAACAUCACGGGCUUGCAGCCUAGUAGCUUCUACGUCGUAAGGGUGGCCUUGGUUAACGAGCAGGACCUCGGUAGCCGUAGUGAGCCUAUCAGGUUCCGGACCAAGCCGGCGAGCUCUGGUGACUACUUCGUGGUACCACUCGAUGGACAUGACACGGACCAGGAUGGCUCUGGCGAGAUCCUGCCUAGAGUUAGAGUGCACCGUGGGCUUAAGGAUGUAACGCCUGCCUCGAUUGAGGCAGCGCCAAUGGCUCGAGAAGGCAGUAUAGGCUUAGGUCCGAAGCGUAGUAUCACGGGCCGUCGGCCCUCACCUGCCGCUCUUGGCCUGGACAUGAAGCACGAUCCACAGCCAGAAGAAUCUGAGCCUCCGGAGGGUGCGGAGUCGUUACACCAACUAACUGAAAAGCUUGACGCUAUUCGACGGGAGACGGAUGACACAGAACGGCAGGCAAAAGACGAGGAUGAAGAGGAGUCGAAGCUGAAAGACGAGCUGACCGCGGAGAGGGACAUGCUACGAGAGCAGGUCGCGGAGAAGGAGAAGGCAAGCCGGACGCUGAAGAAGGAAGUCAAUACGCUCGAGCGACAAAAUACUGCUGCGCAGAAUGACCGUUCAAAGCAUGAAAGACUACUACAGCAGAAGAAGCAGGAGCGGGCGAAGGUGAAGACAGAUAUGGUGCGUUGGGCCAAAGAGGCCGAAGAUCUGCGAUCAGAGGUCGAGCGCAUCCAGAAGGACAAAGAAGAGCACCUCCAACAAGUCGAGCAUGAGAAGGAGGGUCUCCGCGCAAAGCAAGCCCAAGAAGCAGCGGCUACGCGUGCGCUUGAGGACGAAAUCAAGGAGAAGAACGCAGAGAUUAAGCGACUCGAACGCACGAUGAAGAUUGAAUCACCUGACCAGAAUGGCCAUAGUUAUGCCGAGAACACUGUGGCAGAGCCGAAUCUUGUGCAGCAGAUGCAGCAGGAAGCGGAAGAAGAGCGGUCGUACCAGGCGCUAAGGACGCAGCUUAUGCAGCAGUACGCCUCCACUGCACAGAAGCUGGAAGAAGCCAAGCGCUUUUACCACGGGGUCAACAGGUACUUGGAGUACGUGCGUGCGCAAAGGCGCCUUGAGGAGGAUCGCGCUGCCGCUCAGGCUGCUGCUCAGCAAUGGACUUCGCCAUCUCCAGCUGAUCGGAUGAUCAGACGAGGUGACAGCCAACGGAGCCGCAGGGCGCCCAGUGGGCAUAGUGCCAGCGAAAGUCCAAGAAUGGGCGGGUUCCCGCUGGCUGGGGCUGGUGGUAUGCAAAGUGGUGCAGGUGCGUUCGUUAACGGAUUCGGAAGCUCAGCUGUGCAUUCAGCACCAUUUUUCAACAUUCAUAACGGUAUGACCUUGCGUACUGAACCGGUUACACGUCCCGGUGCGGAUGAAUACCCGAAUAUGAGCGAGGAGGAUCGGGAGAGGAUGACGGGUGGCGCACCUAUGUCUCCCGGCGCUGGAGCGGAGCUACUGCCGGCUGGUCUUUUCUCCGGUGUUGACGAUGAUAGCAGGCAGGAGAGGGAGAGGGCGGCUGAGCAGCAGAGUGUCCAGAUCUUACCAGGUCUUGGAAGCUUACCCGGACUGCCUGGACUACCUGGCGGACCGUCACCGGCCGUUGAAAGAUGGGAACGCAACGACCAUGCUGCACAAGGGCCCGCUAGUCCCGGCUCCACAAGCAGUCGCAGCCCCAGCGUCUUCGCUUCGCCGCAGGCAAGCCAGAACAACCUCCACCUCGGCUCACCAAUCGAGAACUUCAACAUUGAUGCUGAUCGUCGCUCCAUCCGUUCAACACGCUCCAACCGAGCUGGCACGGGCACAAGCGGCACACCUGCCGCAGGCAGCAGGUUUAGUAGCUUGUUCGGCAUCAAGCAACGCACCAAGACCCUUUCUGCGGACGAGGGCCCGGCUCUGGGUAAGGCGCAAAGUCAUAGUAUGCCACGCGAGGAGAUUCAGAGUCUACCUGGCCUGCAGCACAUCAGUGACGGUGGCCCCACGGCCAGAAAGCGGAAUAGUAGCAUCUCCGGCUUAGCAUUCGGGAACGGCGAUGCAUUUGGUGGAGCACUUGGUGAUGGGGUCCCGGAUUCUGCUUUUGGGUCUGAAUCGGGUAAUGCCCUUGCCGGCAACCAGCCGGCAGCGAGACGGAGACCGUUUAGCGGCAUGGCAUCGAUCUUUUCACGCGACUCGAAGGAAUCUUCUUCGCAGACACAGCGGGACAAGGAUGGUACCACUGGCUGGCCCAGCACGUUUACAAGUUCGUUCGGAGGCCUCCGGAGGCCGGGUAGUCCGCGACCGGAUAGCACGCAUAGUAAUGAGCUCCCUCGACCUUCGGUAGAUAGUAGUCGCUGGGGUGUCGGCGCGGACGCUUGGCCUUCAAUACCUGACGCCGCGCAGGGAGCGGCUCGGAGCUCACCACUAUCGUUCACUGUACCUUGGAACAUACCUCAGCCGGGUGGUGAGCAACGUAACAGGUUGUACGGCAGUCGUCAUCCCAGUCGUCGUCCGAGCGUUCAGCAUGGUGUCUCAGGCCCGCCGGAGGAUAUUAUGGAGGACGAAGACUCGGAUGCCAUGUUGGAGCCGGACGAUGUCGUGAGGACGCCUCAGUUAGCGCCGAUAGGAACUAAGCCGAGUAGCAAGACAGCAGUGCAAGCACAGGCAGAGUCGAGCGAGCAAGCCGCCGCGGCUGCAGCGAGUCAGGAAAAGAAGUUGAACCCAGCCGCUAGAGCAUUCAAUAUGUUCGGCAUUAAAAGCAAAGACAAGGCAGCUCGUGCAGGCUCGCCGAGUGCGGCUGGAGCUCAGACCCUGACAUCUUCCACUUCGCGUACCGACGGUGAUGGCGCUGGCGACGAAGGCUCACCCCCAACAAGCCGCAAGUCCCGCGACGCUCGCAGCAUGACUACCACCGAGUCGUCGAUUGCCGAGUCCGGCGAGCUUGGCACUUCCGCUGGUACGAACGGGACGUACGACCUCGCCCGCACCCCCUCUUACUCCGCAAACUCCGACGCCACCGGUCCUAGCCCGCUGAUCGGCAGCACCACGAGCAAAGAAUCCUUCAUGGCGAAACUGACGCGCAAGUCCAGCUCUGCGGGCAAGACCUUCUCGCUGCCUACCUUUAAGCGGGAGAAGAGUCGACUGGAUCCUGGGCCGGCGGCUGAAAUCAUGGCCGAGGAGGAGGACAUGAGUGCUUCGGUUGGUAGUUUGCGGGAGAAGGAGAGGGAGAGGGAGCCGCGGGAGAGUAAGGAUGGUGGGAACAGGUCUUCUACUCGGAGUUGGAGCAGUGUGCUUAAGCUUGGGAAGGGGAAGAAGGGGGGUGAGACUCCGAGUUUGAGUGGGCUCAGUCUGGCGAGUGGGACGGAAGAUGGAGACGGGAGUGGGGAGGAAUGAUAGCUCACCGAGAUCGACCAUCAUUAGCAAGUAUUUGAGUGACUGUCGAGGACGAUGAACCCUCGCUUGGUUGUACAUGCUCAGAAAUCCUCCCAAUGCCC